AGAGAGCCUCCUCAGAGCUGCAUGCUGGCUGUCGCUUUGGGUGGGCCAGAUCGGAAGGGCUGAGAGAAAAGUCUUGGGACUCAAGAAGGGAAGGCGAGUGGCAGUGCACCAGGGAGCGCGUCGGACCGUAGCGGCCGCGCCAACCGACGCUCGUCGACGACUCUGCAGGUCGUGAAGAGCAAGAUAAGACGGGCCCAAUCACGAACUCAUUCGCCCAAUCUGUUCAGCCAUUACGUCGCGGGCUGAAGAAGCUGGGCGAGGGCCUCCGCAAGCGGUGGAAAUGAGCUACACGCCAAUGUCCAGAGCGUCUCAGUUGACGCGACUGAAUGCUCUACACAACGUCCGCGAGGUGCGCAGUGCGUCCUUCGCCCUCUGCGUGGUCCUGGUUGUGAACAUUCCCCAGAUCAUCGCGGCCGUGGUGAUCCUCUCGAAGUAUUGGCAUGACACCACCUGCGAGCCCUCGGAGACGACCAAGUGGAAGACCUACGCGCUGAUUGCCGCCCUGCGCAUGUUUCUCUACGUCUCCUCGGUCAGCGCCUUGUACCGGCUCAACGGGCGCAUGCCGGCCACCACUCGUCUGAUGCGGUUUCUGUCCCACGCCCGGAACGGUCUGGACGCCUUCGGCCUGAUCUGGUUCGUGGUGGGGAACAUGUGGCUCUUUGGGGGCGACGUGGAGAUCUGCCCCCACCCCAACCGCAGCCCCGUUUACUCGCUGUGCGUGGCCUUUGUCUUCAUCAACUACGCCCAGCUCUGCCUUCCCUGCGUGGUGGUGAUAAUAAUGCUCCCCGUCCUCUGCUUUUGCCUCCCCUGCCUGAUCCGGAUCUUGGCCCGGAUCCAGGACCCGAUGCGUGGGAAGGGCGCGACUCCCAGCAUGAUCAACAAGCUCCCCAUGAUGAAAUAUCGACAGAUCCAGGCGGAGAAAGCCGCCACCGCCUCUGCGGGGAGCCUGGAGGGACAAGCGGCGCCGCCCGCGUCGCAGGGAGGGGAACAGGACACGCAAGUGUCCGUGACGGGGGUGGAAAGCAACAGCACAAGCUGCGCCGUCUGUAUCAGCGAAUACGCUCCCGAUGAAGAUCAGCAACAACAACAACAACCACAACAACAACAACAACAACAACAACAGGGACACCACCCUUCCAAUUUGUCUGCGCCUCGGGAAAGUUCGACUCAGCCGCCAGGAGAUUUAAUGGCCAUCCUCGGCUUUGGCGCGCAGGGCCCGGACGAGGCUUCCCAUGCCCGCCAUGCUCCUCAGACGAAGGCGGAGACGGCAUCCUCCACGCCCGUCCCUGCCUCCAAGUUUGCCUUUCACCAGGGACCGACCAACAGGGUGCUGAAACGCAAGCCUCCUGGUCUUAACGCCAAAACCUUGGCCUUGACGCGGGGGGUCAUCCCUUCCUCCGUCCUGAUCAGCAGCGCCGGCAAGAAGAAGACAGAGUCCCGGACGCAGGUAACCGGUUCGCCCGCCCCAAACCCCAUGGCAGAAGUAGGAGAUGCGCCGGCAUCGACUUAA